AGCACGUGACUUCGUUCCGGUUCGCCAAAGAUGGCGGCGCCCAGAGGUCUAGCGUGAAAGUGGUUAGUGGGAGUCGCUGUUCAUUUGUGUUGGAAUCAAGCCAGUGGGACCGUGCGCCAUGUCGCGACUGAUCGUGAAGAACCUCCCGAAUGGGAUGAAGGAGGAGCGGUUCAGGCAGCUGUUCACCGCCUUCGGCACGCUGACGGACUGCAGCCUCAAGUUCACCAAAGACGGCAAGUUCCGCAAGUUUGGCUUCAUCGGCUUCAAGUCGGAGGAAGAGGCCCAGACGGCGCUGAACCAUUUCAACAGGAGCUUUAUUGACACGUCCCGGAUCACGGUGGAGUUCUGCAAAUCGUUUGGGGACCCCACAAAGCCCCGGGCUUGGAGCAAACAUGCCCAGAAACCAAGCCAGUCCAAGCCUCCUCCGAAAGACAAAGCCUCCGUUCUCCCGGAAACUAAGAAAGAUGACGGAAAGGAAAAGGUAGCAGGUGACCUGGAGAAGCUGAAGGAGGAUGACGAGUUCCGGGAGUUCCUGUCGGUUCACCAAAAGCGGACGCAGGUGGCCAUCUGGGCGAACGAUGCCCUGGAUGCUGAGCCCUUGAAAGGGAAGAGCAAGCCAGCCAAUGACUAUCUGAACUUCGACUCUGACUCGGGGCAGGAGAGUGAGGAGGAAGGGGCCAUGGAGGACCUGGGAGAGGAGGGUGACGGCCCUGAACCCAAGGCAGCGGCGCAGAAGGAGCUGUCGGACAUGGAUUACCUGAAGUCCAAGGUGGUGCAGGCCGGGUCAUCGUCAUCCUCGGAGGAGGAGGAGAGUGAGGAUGAAGCCGUGAACUGUGAGGAAGGGAGCGAGGCCGAGGAGGAGGGUUCCUGCACCGCCCCCGCCCAGCGGGACCAAGAGAGGACGGGGGCUGUGCCCGGGAAUACAGGGAGACCAGCGAACCAGAAGGAACCCACCACCCCCCACACCGUGAAGCUGCGGGGAGCCCCCUUCAACGUCACAGAGAAAAAUGUUAUAGAAUUCCUGGCACCCCUGAAACCAGUGGCCAUUCGGAUAGUGAAAAAUGCUCAUGGAAACAAAACAGGGUACGUCUUUGUGGAUUUCAGCAGCGAAGAGGAGGUGAAGAAAGCUCUGAAAUGCAACAGAGAGUACCUGGGUGGGCGCUACAUCGAGGUGUUCCGGGAGAAAAACAUCCCCCCGGCCAAGGCGCCCCUGAAGAACACCGCCAAACCCUGGCAAGGCCGGACGCUUGGGGAGCAUGAAGAGGAGGAGGACCUGGCCGACUCCGGGAGGCUCUUUGUGCGAAACCUGCCCUACACCAGCACCGAGGAGGACCUGGAGAAGCUCUUCUCCAAAUAUGGUCCCCUGUCUGAGCUGCAUUACCCUAUCGACAGCCUGACCAAGAAGCCCAAAGGCUUUGCCUUUGUCACCUUCAUGUUCCCAGAGCACGCGGUGAAGGCCUACGCGGAGGUGGAUGGGCAGGUGUUCCAGGGCAGGAUGCUCCACGUGUUACCAUCCACCAUUAAGAAGGAAUCCAGCGAGGACACCGACACCCCGGGAUCAUCGUCUUACAAGAAGAAGAAAGAGUCAAAAGACAAAGCCAACAGCUCCAGCUCCCACAACUGGAACACGCUGUUCAUGGGCCCCAAUGCGGUGGCCGACGCCAUCGCUCAGAAGUACAGCGCCACCAAGAGUCAAGUGUUUGACCACGAGACCAAGGGCAGCGUGGCCGUGCGCGUGGCCCUGGGGGAGACCCAGCUCGUCCAAGAGGUGCGACGCUUCCUCAUCGACAACGGAGUCAGCCUGGAUUCCUUCAGCCAGGCCGCAGCGGAGCGAAGCAAGACUGUGAUUCUGGUGAAGAACCUCCCGGCGGGCACCCUGGCGGCCGAGCUGCAGGAGACCUUCGGCCGCUUCGGCAGCCUGGGCCGCGUGCUGCUGCCCGAGGGCGGCGUCACUGCCAUUGUGGAGUUCCUGGAGCCACUGGAGGCCCGCAGGGCCUUCCGACACCUGGCCUACUCCAAGUUCCACCACAUCCCCUUGUAUCUGGAGUGGGCUCCAGUGGGCGUCUUUUCCAGCCCAGCCCCACAGAAGAAAGAACCCCAAGAUACACCGGCAGAACCUGACAAACAGGACACGACAGAGCCGGAAACAGACUGCAAGACCCUGGAAGGUGAAAAGCCAAAAGAGGGGGAAGCAGACAACGUUUCAGCAAAGAUGGAAGAAGAGGAGGAGGAGGAGGAAGACGAGGAGGAGGAGAGCCUUCCCGGGUGCACCCUGUUCAUCAAAAAUCUCAACUUCAGCACAACCGAGGAGACGCUGAAGGCGGUGUUUUCCAAAGUGGGCCUGGUCAAGAGCUGCUCUAUUUCCAAGAAGAAGAACAAAGCAGGAGCGCUGCUGUCCAUGGGGUUUGGAUUCGUGGAAUACAGGAAGCCGGAGCAGGCCCAGAAAGCCCUCAGGCAGCUGCAGGGUCACGACGUGGACGGCCAUAAGCUGGAAGUGAGGAUCUCGGAACGAGCCACCAAGCCAGCCCCGACAUCUGCUCGGAAGAAACAGGUUCCCAGAAAGCAGACAACCUCCAAGAUCCUGGUGCGGAACAUCCCCUUCCAGGCUGACAGCCGCGAGAUCCGAGAGCUUUUCAGCACCUUCGGGGAGCUGAAGACCGUCCGCUUGCCAAAGAAGAUGACCGGGACAGGCACACACAGAGGGUUCGGCUUCGUCGACUUUCUCACCAAGCAGGACGCAAAGAGAGCCUUCAACGCCCUGUGUCACAGCACCCACUUGUAUGGCCGGAGGCUGGUCCUGGAGUGGGCUGACUCCGAGGUGACUCUGCAGGCCCUGCGGCGGAAGACAGCCGAGCACUUCCACGAGCCCCCGAAGAAAAAGCGGUCUGUGGUGUUGGACGAGAUCCUGGAGCAGCUGGAAGACAGUGAGAAUGACGGCGAGGAGCAAACCCUUCAGCUGUGAGCUGGCACCGAGCGGGGCUGCUGAGCUGGAGUCCCCACCUCGUCUGCCCAAGGGACUGCCCACAGCCUCAGACGUGGCCUCAGUCCUGUCCCAUCCCCGCCACGUGGGACCGUGAGCCCUGGGUUAGUCACCAGAGCAUCCUCCGUCUGCACUGACCAGAGCCAUCACGAAGCACCAGUCUCUGAGCCCAGAUGCCAGGCUCGUUGGUUGAGCUCAGCUGUGUCACUAACGGCGGACACCCUCUGCUCACGGGCUGGGGGCCCCGUGAGGUGCAAGGCGGUCCCCGGCCCUGGCAAGCAGUGUCCCAAGGCUUAUCCCAGACUUGGGGCACCCAUAUGCCCACAUCUACUCCCACCUGGAGAUCUGUGCCCAGCGCACGCCAGGAGACAGGACGAUGAGGAGGAAAGAGCUACAGCCCGUCUGCCCUGGGUCUGAAUCCCAGCCCGGCCGUCCCCAUCUGUCUGGCCUUGGACCAGCAAGGUCCCCUCUGACCCUCAGCUUCUCUUUCUCUAAGAUGGGGGCGAUCUUGUGCCUACCUCAGAGACCGUGCUUGGACUGCAUCAGUCACUCCAAGUAAAGCCCAGAGCACAUGCUCACCAGCA